GAGCACUCCCUAUGCGAAGACAAAGCGGAGGGAGCGCGCGCUUCGCCGACCGUCCCCGCGGCUUUGGACCGAACCGGCCCGAUUCCGUUGCGAGGACCGGCGCUGUCGUUUCGUCGUCGUGGGAGGCGAGUGUCAACCAGCGCGAGGGCCGCGAACUGGACACGGGCAACGCGCAAGCCGACACCAGCCUUGGACGAUCCACGCACCUGCCUACGCAGACCUGACUCGUCGCACUUGCAGCAGAUGCUGGCCGCGUCGACGGUGCUUGCACGAUAAGCGCGGCAUCCGAGUCCCGUACGCGCUCCCCACGCACUCGAUCCGUCGUGGGAAGCGGCGCGGUAGUCAGCAGAGCGCGCCUUCUACUUUACUGACGGACGGUACUUCAAGCCGCGGGACGCGCUGACCGGCGCGUAGCGCCAGCGGAUCGAGCCAUGCACGUGGACGGCUUGUACCGCACUCUGGCCCGGUGGCGUCGCAACCACCUGGACCCGCUCUUCCGGCUCGGUGCCCGACAGAUCGACCGAAGGCCAAGUCUUCCGCCGUCCAAGAUGGCGGGAAGCAACCGUGCGGCGUCGCCGGCAGCCAACUCGUUCGUGCUGUACGGCGCCGUGUUCGUGGGCGGUGCCGUGGCCUCCUUCAUGCUGGUGCUCGCCAUCCUGACACCGUCCGGCCGAGAGGCCGCGAACCGCGCGCCGCUUGUGGCCGCACAGCUGGCCAACGAGCGGACGGUGAGGCGAUCCCGGGGCUUCAUCUUCUCGCGGCAGAGCGGGUCGGUGCUGAAGCCGAGGGAGGAGGCGCCGCUGCUGUGCUUCUACGACCGAUACACCGAGCGAAAGAAAGAACCCGUGCGCUACCAGCUGCUCAAGCACCUGCCUGCCAGGUUCUGCUCGCACCUGGUGUACGGCUUUGUGAGCCCCUCGGACCUGAACAACGGCUCGUCGGGCGGCUCCUCUCAGGCGGGUCCCAUGGCGGAUGCCGACCACCGCAUCCGCCAGAUGGUGCAGCUCAAACAGCUCUACCCAACGCUCAGGGUGCUCGUCGGGGUAGGCGGACCCAAGGUGGACUCCAAGUCGUUCUCGGACGAGCUCAUCACCGAGGGUCGCCGCGAGCACUUCGCACAGCGAGGCGUCCGCUGGCUCCGCGCCCGCCACCUGGACGGCAUGCACGUGCAGUGGAUGUAUCCGGGAGAGGGCAACGGCCGCCCUUCGGACCGGGAGAACUUCCCGAAACUGCUCGCACAGAUCAGGAACGCCUUCAGGGCCGAGAGCAGCCGGUGGCACCUGACCAUGUACCUGCCGCAUGAGGAUGACCGGGUGGACCGUGGCUUCGAGCUGCGCAACGCCCUGCGCUCGGUGCACUACGCAGUCAUGGGUUCAUUCGGCUUCGUCGAGCCCGGCCGCGCCGAGGUAUCCAGCCCGCUGUACAACCGGCCACCGGCUGGCGAAAACCGUUCGCCCAUCAACAGCGUCCACGAGCUGGUUGUCCUGCUUCUGGAUCGGGGAGCGCCCAGGAACAAACUGCUGCUGGCCGUGUCCGCGUCCGGCUACAGCUACGCGCUCGCGAGGGCUGACACUGAUGUGCGAGCCCCUCUGCGCGGCGGCGACGGCCGCGGCCAGGCUGGGCCGUUCUCGUCGACGCCUGGUCGGCUGGCCUACUUCGAGAUCUGCUACAACGUGUAUCGAAACAGCUGGGCGCGCGUGUUUGACGCGGCCACAUCUUGCCCGUAUGCCUACCGUGGCCAGGAGUGGGUCACCUACGACGACGCUGACUCGGUCCGGGCAAAGGUGGCCUUUCUGCGCAACCAGACGCUGGGUGGCGCGGCGCUCAUGGACGUGGCAGCUGACGACUACAUGGGCAUGUGCGGGCCCCGCAACGUGCUGGCACGCACUCUACGUUCGGCGCUCAAGCACUACUCGCCACCAGUGGCACAGAGCCCGUCGUCCCACAGGAAAAAUGCGGCAACGGCGCAGCACCAGAAGCACUACCCACACAUCGCCCGGCAAAUGUUCAGGCACAAGCGACGUUUCGGCUAGACAGCAGCCCUCCAUCACAUGCCAGUGUGAGCACGUGUUGUAUGUCCCCCCCCGCACCAUCAGUGUCCUGCCAUCAACAUUGUCGCGACACCAUCAUCGCACUUCACUUGCUCUUUCUCAUUUUCUUUUUCCUCUGUUCCUCUCAUUUUCUCUUCGAAAUAAAAGGUUUUGUCACCAA